AAUAAUAUCAAAAGUGGGCAACCCUAGAUUCGCAUCCAUGUGCUUACUCAGAUCUGUCAGAGGAAACUAAAGCUUCUCAGGUUUUCGUUGAGCGAAUAAACCAUUAUUUUGAUGAGGUGAUCUUGUUCACUUAGUUGAUCUUCUUUAGAAUGGGGUUGAUCACUUUCCGAUUCUACUAGACUUUUUUUUCUUCUCUCUCUUGAUUUGUGCUACAGUCACAGCUUCUUUUAUCUGAAAAGCAAUAUUGUUAAUUUUUUAUUAUGAAGCAGCCAAGAUUGCCCGGCGCUGAGAAAUUUAAAUUCUCUUCAUCGGACAAACCAGCGAUUCACAUAUCUUCUCCAAAACAGAGAUCUCUUUCAGUAUCUCAAUCAUUUGAUAAUAAUUCACAUAAAAUAUUGUCUCGAAGAGCAUCAUGUUAUAGUCAAAGUGAACUCAGUCCUUCUCCAUCAAUAACAAUGUUGAACCGCAGUGAUUCCAGAAGACGAGCUGUACUACCUAUUACGUGCAAGAAAACUUCCAGAAUGUUAACCAACACAAAUCUCGAACUGAAUGUCGACAUUGCUGAUACAGUUUCUGAAGAAGCUCUAAAAUUAAACAGGCUUCAGAUAGAGUCGAAUCGCGUUCCAUCCUGCCCGAAUCUUGAGGCUUCUUCAAGAACUUUUCAUUCAUCGAAGACAUCUUUAGAUGCUUCUCAUUUAAGGAAGAUGUCGUUGCAAAAUUCAAUGAUUCGUGAUCUGCCACCAGAUUUUGACUGGAAAAAUAUUAGAGCUCCCGUGUUUAGACUCUCUGCUUCUUGCUCGAGUGCCAGUUCGAGUGAAGAGAACAUUUGGGUUCUGAGAGAAAAUCCAGAACUCUAAAAAGUGUUUUAUUUCCUGGAUAAUACCGGAUUCACCUUCCAAAUAACAUUUAAAAUGAGACAUAUCUGUUACACUGUAAAAUAUUUCAGAUAGAAAUACGUUAAAAAGUUAUGGCACCAUUCUUACCGUAAACCUUUACACCGCAAUUUUUACAGUUAUAUUUAUUUAAUUACAGCGAUCAGUAAAAAAAAAUUAUGGUCUAUCAGAUUUUUGUUCCGUAAAACUUUACAGUAAAAAUGAAUUUUAUGGAUACUGCACUUAGGGUGCCAUUACUUUUUACAGCAAUUUUAUAUGGAAUAUUUUAUAGUGUAGGAUAGAUUGUAAAGUUUGAAGUAUCUUAAAUCUUUUAGCUAUGAUACGGAAAAGUUGUCUACUUCCAUCAUUAAUCCUUUGACGCAGAAUUUGUAUAAAAUAUAUUUUUUUAAAUAUUUUUCAUCACUUCGUAUUAAUUUAAUUCAAAUGAAGUGAAAAUAUUAUAUUUAGCCUUUUAAUAAUUUGGAGUUAUAAAAUACAGGAUGAAACACCGGUGUGUUUUUCUGCGUUAAAGGUAAAAUCUUUCAAGCACGGCUCACUUAUAAACGGUAACUUUUCAAAUGUGCACUUAUUUGCAGUUAUUUAGAUCUAAGAGAAACAGUAAUUCAUCAUUGAAAUUUCUUUAAUUUAUAAAGUCAAUUAUUGAUAAAUUUUUGAAUAUAAAUGAAAAAAAAAUUUUUUUCAAAUUAUUUUUUUAGUAUUUUAUUUUUUAGAACGCAUAUAAUUCCGUUAUCUAACAGAUUUUUUUAGAAGCUAUUAGACUGUUUUGUAUAAUUAAAAAAUAUCAAAUACAUUUUUGUUUGUAGUUAGAUCCUCAGAAUAUAUAUAAGGGACACCGGUGUCCCAUCUGCGCCAAAGGGGUUAGAUACAAGGUGGAAAACUCUGAAUUAAUAUAUUCUGCUUCUACAAUGAAUGAAAUUAAAUAAAAAUUACAAGGAAAAAGAAUCAGAUUUUUUAUUAGCUUGCGAAAGCACUUCGUUAUCAUUUAUUAACACGGUUUUAAAAUUUUAACAUAGCAACAGCAUUGAAGUUCAAAUUCAGCUGCUGAAGUGGUCAAAGAUAUCAAUUUAGAAAAAUCAACUCUUUAGCUGAAUUGUCACCUUAAGCGGUCGCUAUACCUCUUGAGAAACUUUUCAUCGCAAAUUCUUCUUUUUAUAAGAUCUCCAUUGGUAUAUUGAAAUUUAAAGUUCAGAGAAAAUCGUGUUUAGGUAAAUCUAGAGGAAACCAUAAAAAUUCAAAUGUUUAAAAAAUGUUGUUAAAAUAUCACAAUACAAGCAAAUUAGGAGAGAUUCCCCACAGCGUAAUCCUAAGUAAUUCUUUCAUAAUUUGUUUGCAUUUUUAUAAUUUUUUUUCCGGAAUCUGAAGCAGCCUGGCUUACUCUAGGUUUAUCUGAAUUCACUUUUUUCUAUACUUUAAACUUUAAAUUACUAUUUGAGGGGGAAGAGAUUUUGCCAUGAAGAGUUUCUCCUGUGGUAUAACGUCCUCUUAAUGAUCAAUCCAAGUUACCAGUUUCCGUGCCGUUAAGCUAUAAUUAUGAAAUUUUGUACAGAUAUUCUUGUUAAGAAAUUAUUUUUUACAUGGUUUCAUAAAUUAUUGCAUAUUGAGGCUGCAAAAUAUGUUAAUUCUACAUUAUAAGAUUAUGCCAAUUUCCUAAUGUUGGUAGUUGUCCGCAUUAUCGCAAGAAGAUUUAAGAUACUUAAACUUUUUUCGAUUUUUUAAGACCUACUAAAAAUAAAAAAAAGAGCUUUAUUUCAAGUCAUUCCGUUUUAUAUCAGUUCUUAAAAUACAUUUGGAAGACUUUUCUAAAAAGUAGUCAUUAGAAGUUGAAUAUUAAUAUUUAAAUGAUGAAAACAAAACUUUCUUAAAAUCUGACUAAUCAUCGCGGUGAAUUGCACCAUUAGAAUCAAAAUCUCAAAAAAGCCAAUUUAUUUGUUGGAAGAAACUAAAAAGUGUGACAUAACAGCAAUUCUACAUAAUAUUAGUAAUCAGAAAUGCUUAUUAAUUUCAAUUUAACUGGAAAUUUGUUCAUAAUUUUACCUAUCAUUCUUUAUAACAAAAACUAUCGGGAACACAAAAUUUACUUUGUGAGAUUUUAAUAAAUGGUGUACUUGUACUGAUCAGAAAAGCUUCUCAGUUUACUCGAUGGUACAGUGAUUAAUCUUGUUAAUGAUCCGUGAGAUAUUGAUAUAUUUUCUUUUCUAAAUGUGAAGGUUCUUAACUAAGACUAAAAUUAUUCCAAGGACGAGGAUUAGAAAAUACUUUGCAUUAAAUUCAAAAAAAUUGAUUCUUUGUGAAUCCGGUAGAUUCUUUUUUUUCUAUCUAGUCUGCUGAAUCUCAAUGUACGAUUUUCUUAAAUAUGUUAAAUAUGUUACAGUUAUUACAGUAAUGUUACAGUGCAGUAUGUUAAAUAUGUUACAGUAAUAUGUUUUCUCUUACAGGACCAGUUGGAAUGUGAAACUAUUUUAUGUAUUUUUUGCCGAAACAAUUAAACUCAUUAUAAUCCAAAAUUUUAUUAAAGUUUUGUAUUUUGAUUGGUUUUAA